AGUCCUAGCCUAAUUUGCCCGACUUCUCUUCCCCUUCCCAAAAACUUGGGGUUGCUCAUCGACAACUUCUCUUCCCCUUCCCAAGUUUCAACCCAAUUUCCCGUCGAUCGAGUUUCUUUCCGUGCUAGUAUAUAGAUAAUCGAUACUCCAUUAACACCACAGCAGUGAGCAGUAUAGACAAUGGCAAAUCCAGCCGAUAGGGCGGUGCCGUGGGUGGAUCUUCCGCGGGAAUUAACGGUAAACAUUCUGCAAAGGUUGAGUGUGGAGGAUAUUUUCCAGAGUGCACAGGUGUGUACUGCCUGGUGGAGGCUAUGGCGAGACCCCUCCAUGUGGCGCUGUGUUGACUUGAUGAAUGUAGUAGAUGAGCCGGGUAAACGACGGGACUGGUAUAAGAUUUGCAGAGAAGUAUUGAAUCGCAGCGAGGGGCAACUUAUUUCCAUCAAACUAGGGCACUUUGCUUCUAAUCGUCUGCUCUUCUACAUUGCUCAGAGAGCAAAACAGCUGAAACAUCUUGGUAUUAGGUCCAACCAUGUUUAUGAUAGAGGUUUUAGUGAAGUUGUUAAUGAGUUUCCACUGUUGGAGGAGCUACAACUUGAACGCUGUUGCAUUUCUAAGAAAGGCAUUGUAGCUGCUGGACAGUCUUGCCCUUUCCUCAACUCAUUUUCCUUUAUCAAGUUAAGUUUUAAUGGAUUCCUAUGCAAACCAUCUGAUGAGGAGGCUGUUGCCAUUGCAGAAAACAUGCAUGGGUUGAAACACCUUACACUUGUUGGAAAUGAAAUGACAGAUAAAGGCGUGGAGGCCAUACUUGAUGGUUGUCCUCGCCUUCAAUCUCUCAACUUAGACCACUGUAAUAAUGUUAAGCUUGAAGGGGAGUUGGGGAAGAGAUGCUCUCAACAGAUUAAGGACCUCAACCACACUCAAAGUCAUCUUGGCUAUUUUCACGAUCUUUUUUAUGAUAUAUAUCCCAGUUGACUUUGAUGAAAUUGACGUCUGUGAGGUUGUAGCUUGGGUAGUCGGAUUGUGAGCACUAUAUAUACCUCCAUUUCCUGCUAUUCACUCUCAAUUCUCUUCUUUUUGUGGACUCAUAAGGAUUGUUCUUAAUUUUACGUCUUAAAUUAUAGUACGUUUUGGUUUGUUGGAUAUAUGGUGUUACUUUUAUCCUACCCACAUUUCACAU